GAUUCUUCCCGUAUUUUCGCGGCCUUCUUCCCUCGCUGCUAGUCUAGUGAUUACGUUUGCACGCGUGCUUGCAAAUCUUGCAGUCUGCUGCUUCAAGAUUUCACAGCUGGUAACGAACAGAAGCCCAGUAAGUGUGUGCUACCCAAGUUACAGUGGCAGGCGUAGCAACCAGCAGCCCAUAAGCUCUGCAGUCGGGAGCGCACUGGGAAUCCACAAUGGCCAGCCGAAACUCCGUAACCAGCGGGAAUCCAAAUGGGCACCGUUCAGCUAAUCAAGGUCCAUCCGAGAGCGGCGCGGAAGAUAAGUUCAAGGAGGUUAUCGAGGCAUGCGAACGUGUGGAAGCCAAGUGGGAAGAAGAGCGGCAACGCCAACAAUCGACAAUCCGGACGCUGCAAGAACAGGUGAUGGAGCACGAGCGUGGCGCUGCCGAGCAAAAGACGCUGAUAGCCGAACUGCAGGCGGAGAUCUCCGUGAAGGAGCGGAUGCUGGAGGAGCAGCAGCGUCGCUGGCAGGAGCGGGAGGUGGAACAUCAGCGGGAGCAGACGCGCAUCCGCGAUCUGGAGGGGUGUCUGGUCGAAGAGCAGCGCCGCGUGGCCGAGCUGACGGCGCGCAAUGCCACGCUGGCGCAGGUCACCGAGUCUCUGCAAGCGCCAUUUGCCAUAUAUGCCAAACUGAUGAAUUCCAACGGCGCCAUCGACAAUCCUCUUGCCCCUGCACAAGCACACGCUGCACUUCCGGCUGUCGUCGCUGCGGAAGUGCAUCACGUGACGGUGGCUGAUGACAUCCCGCAAUCGGCGACAGCACCAAGGCCAGAGCUCCCGGCGGGAACGGUCGCCGCGCAAGUGGCCGUCGACACGGCGAUGGCGGCCGUCGCGCCGCUCCCCGUGGCGGACGACGCAGCAUCCAGCGUGGACGGCAGCCUGUCCGCGGACGGGGACCUGCCGCUGACGCUCUUCCUGGACCCACCCCCGCAGCGCACCGUCCCGCCACCGGCCUACCACUCCAUUCUCCUUCUCCCUGCGGAACGCACGCUGCUGCAGCGCCUGAACGGCUGCAUCGAGUCCGAGUACCCGGCCCCUCCGGGGCCCGCUCGCCCCCCGAAGACGGUCCGUUUCGCGGCGCUGCCAUCGCCGGUGGCUGGCGGGAGCAAGCGGAAGCGCUCGGCCUCGGUGCUGACCGCCGGCACGUGCGGCGUCUGUAGCGUGACGUUCGCCGAUGCGGCGGAGCUGCGCCAGCAUGCCUGUCCGCUGCAGUGCGCCGUGGAGGGCUGCGGCAAGACCUUCAGCACCGAAUCCGCCCGGCAGCGCCACGAGAAGGGCCACUUCUCUCCGCUGAAACGGGGAAGCGCCCAUGCGUCGCGCUAGUUGUAUGGACGCCUUACAGGAUGCCGCACUUGGAACGGGAGUCGCGUUAGUCGUCUGUCAGACCCUUGAUGUAAAAGUUAAUGGUUUCGGUAUAUUUCGUCGGUUACGCUUUGCACGAAUAUGCAUCGCCGUUAAGAUAAUGCGAUGAUAACAUUUUUUCCAGUUACUCGCACAGUAUUAUCAAAUUACUUUGAUCUAACGUCGGGUUGUUUUCUGUGGUGUAAUCUUUUUAUAUGGUUUCUGACUUUCUGUCGUUAUUCAGUUGGUCACCGUUGGCGUUGGUGUAACUCCAGUGCAGUGCUUGCCUAAAUAUUUUCUGCAUUUAUAUUAGCCUGUAAGCCUGUUCUGUUAUUUUUGUUCCGGGAAGAUUUCCA